AUGCCCGUGCCGACGUCUGAAUUUGACUUUCUACCGGCACUCAGCAGCGCAUGGAACUUGUGUACAGCCGUUGGACCCAAGGCACUGCGGCGGGCGAUUGAGAUUGAAGAAUGGUCCGAAACGAUUCCGAUUCAGAAGGACAUUCUCGCCUACACAACUCUGCUUUCGAUGUACGAGCAGUGUGGCCAGCACAGACGAGUAGAUGAUCUUCUGAAUCACAUGGCCACAUCGGGCAAA